CGUUAGUUAACUACCUACCUACCUAGGUUACCUAUGUAUUUCUCAAGAUACUUCGUAUAAAACGGUGAAAUUCUCACCGUCCUGUUUAUUUCGGAGGAAUGGAUAAAACGGUCGAAUUAUGCAACCUAAUUGCGACCCUUACAUCGGGUAUCACCCGCAGAAGGAUCUAGCGUAUCCAAUCUAUACUCUUAUGUAGUGACAGGGGGUAAGUUGGGGUCACCACGGACAUCGUUCCAUUUAUGUCGUGGAGCAGUAGUACUCGAUUGCAUAUGGGAAUUAAUUCGAUAUCUGAUAUUGUAACCCUUCAGUUGAGUCGAUCAAUUUACGGCACGGCCAUUACUUUUUAAAUCGAAUUCCUUCGCAGUCUCGUUUGAUAUCACAGACUAAGCUGAUCCUUACCCCUAGUAUACUCUCUCCACACAGCCCCCUGAGUUGUUCACUAUCAUAACAUGCCUAAGCCAGUAUUUGUUCUCCUCCACGGUGCUUGGCACAGUCCUAAGUGCUGGGAUAGUCUCAUUGCCGCACUGAGAAAGGCUGGCUACUCGGCUGUUGCUCCAGCCUUACCCUCAUCCGGAUCUACGCCACCUACACCUGACUGGUCCAAGGACGUCGAAACUAUUAGGAGCACCGUUGAGGAGCUCAUCCAAGAGAAUGAUGUCGUCGUCGUUACGCAUAGCUUCAGUGGUAUGACUGGAGGUACGGCCUUGGAAGGAUUGGACAAGGAGACUCGUGCAUCAAAGGGACUGAAGGGCGGCGUCAUACGACUGAUUUACAUCACGGCCUUCCUCGUACCGGAGGGCUUCCAGCACUCGGCGCAUGGAACACGCGAUAAUAUGGUACCGGAGAUGAAAACUGAUCUUGAUGCUGGCGUUAUCACUGUGUCACCAGAACAUGCUAAGGAUAUGUUCUAUCAAGACCUCGAUGACGCCACCGUUGCUGAGUUGGUGAAGGACUUGCGCCCUCAGAGUUUUGGGGCAUUCUGGAGUACCACGACAUAUGCCGCGUGGCGUUAUAUUCCAACCACUUACAUCCUGUGUCUGGGAGAUAAGCCGUCGACCGUGGUUGCUGCGCGGUACCUUAUUGACACGGCAAAGGCUAGUGGACCGCACAAGAUCGAGAAGGUUGUCGAAGUCGAUGCGGGCCACUCUCCCUUUAUCAGCAAGCCCGAGUGGACUGCUGAAGCACUCAUUGCUGAGAUCAGUGGGCAAGCUUAGUCGAGAGGCUAGUCUAGAAGUCUUUUAGGGUCCAGUUGUAAUUCUAAGUGUACUAAGUGUAGUCAAUAAGAUUUAGGUACUUGGUUCCCAUCAUAUAAAACAAAAUACUUAAAAGGG